GCAUCUGCUAGUUCCUCCUCUCCCGCUUCUUCUUAACGGAGGAACGCCAGGGUUUGCUCUCGAUGGAGACGCAACUGCUCGUCGCGCUCACGUUCUCACUGGUCGGCGGAUUGAGCACCUCGAUCGGUGGGCUUUUGGUGAUUCUUAGUGACACUCCCAAUCUUAAGAUUCUUGGUAACUUACAAGGUUUUGCAGCUGGCCUUAUGUUGAGCAUGUCCUUUUUCGACUUGGCACACAAUUGUAUGAAUUCUCUUGGCUUCCUCAAAGGCAACAUCUGGUUCUAUGUAGGUGCUCUGUUCUUUGCUUCUGUUAUCAAUAUCAUUCCAGAACCAACUCUUGUUCCAGAGAAGUACAAGGAAGAGAAAGAUGGAUCAGUUAAGGGCAUUCUUAGGAAGCAUCGCAGACAUGUCUUGUUUAGUGGGAUAAUAACUGCAAUUGUUGCAGGCAUUACUGUGCACAACUUUCCUGAAGGAAUGGCCCUUUUUGUUGGAUCAAUGAAGGGACUUCGAAUUGGCAUUAACUUGGUUCUGGCUAUUGCUCUUCACAACAUUCCUGAGGGUAUUGCAGUUGCUCUUCCUAUCUAUUAUGCUACUGAAAGCAAAUGGCAAGCUUUCAAACUGGCAGCGCUUUCUGGUUUUGCUGAACCCAUAGGAGUGCUAUUUGUGGCUUACAUUUUCCCGAGACGUUUAAAUCCCGAAAUUCUUGAAGGGUUACUGGGAUCAGUUGGUGGAGUGAUGGCCUUCCUCACGCUGCAUGAGAUGCUGCCAACAGCAUUUGACAAUGCAGGACACAAACAGGCUAUUCAGGCAUUGUUCCUCGGCAUGGCUUUCAUGUCUGGAAGCCUAUAUUUCUUAGACAUCAGCCUGCCAAAGGAGAUGAGAUUGUAGCUAUCCGGAUGUGCAUUGUACUUUAUUCAAAGGCCUUCUACAUUGCAAAUUCGAAAUAGUAAUGUAUAUGUAUUAUUCACUCCUAGUCUCCAAAUGAAAAAAAAACUACUUUAGUCGUUUAUCGUUGCAUCUUUGAAAUCGCCUUGUAUAUAUACAA